CCAUCAUCCAACAUGGCGAGGGUAAUGGACAUGGUUGUCUGAGGUAAAAGCAAAUCAAGAUGCCCGGAUUUCGUGUCUCUGAAGUCGACAAGGAUAGGCUGAAAAGCGAAUACUUUUGUCGCAUUUGUGAAUUAGUUCUGAGGGAUCCCAUUCAGACGGAAAGUGGAGUUUUCAUUUGCCGCUCUUGCCACUGCCAAGGGAAUUCCCCAGUGUUGACUCAUUGUUCAGAUGGACAAGUUCUUGCGGAGAGAGAAGUUCCCCGAUGUAAUCAAUUGGGUCGUGAAAUUCUCAGCUUGGUGGUAUCUUGCACCUCUCAGGGAUGUCUAUGGCAAGGGAAACUACGUGACCUUGAGAAACAUACAAGUGCUAGUUGUGGAUUUGUAAUGGUGAGAUGUGUACAUAGUGCCUGUGGAGUGAGGAUCAGAUUAUGCCAUCUUUCUCACCAUUUACAAAACGAGUGCGUGUUUGGACUAGUGAGGUGUACUAUUUGUGGCAAGGAAGUCAGUCGAAACAUGCUGAAGAAACAUCGAGCAAAAUUUCAUAGUAAUGUAUACUUUGAAAUUGAUAUCCUGAGAGAUGAAUUAGAUAUUAUUUCAAAGACGCAGCAAGAUUUGAAGGCGCAGCUCGAACAAAUUAAAAGUGAACACAGGUUGAAUUUGCAAGCGUUUCCAAGCUACGAUGGCCAGCUGUUGUGGAAGAUUACUGAUUACACUCGCAGACGAAAUGACGCAGUCACUGGGCAGCAAGUCUCCCUUUAUAGCCCUUGUUUUUACGCCAGUCGAUACGGUUACAAAAUGUGCGCCCGCAUUUUCCUGAACGGGGAUGGAAUGGGAAAAGGAACACACAUCUCCAUAUUCAUUGUGGUCAUGCGUGGUCAGUAUGAUGCUCUACUCCGCUGGCCAUUCAGACAGAAGGUCACCUUCAUGUUGCUGGAUCAGGAUAACGUGGAACACGUGAUUGACGCCUUCAGACCUGACCCAAACAGCUCAUCCUUCCAGAGGCCAAGAAGAGAAAUGAACAUCGCCAGUGGGUGUCCGAUGUUCUGCCCACUUGCUGAGCUGAAUAAUCAUGCAUAUGUCCGGGACGACACUAUGUUUUUGAAAAUAAUCCUGGAUACAUCUGAUCUGUAAAACAAAACGCUAGCCUUUUCCUUUCGGAUGUUCCAAUUGAGGCUAAACAAAUUAGCUUUUAUUAGUUUGUGUUGUUUUUAAUCAAACUUCCUUACUUUUCAGCAAGAUUUACCUUUGCACACGAAGGCAUGACCAAUAUCAUUUAAGGUAUAUCACUAUUUAUCACCCGGUUUAAUAGCUGGGGCUUAUUCAUUCACUUGAUGUGUUUACACCAAUCGCGCGCGAGCAAAAAUAAUUGACGGAUGACAAUCAUGGAUUUGUUCGGGACAACACCAUGUUUAGAAAAGUUGUUCUCUUAAGCAACUAUAUCUAAUGCAGAUGCAGAGACUUAUUCGUCAAGCUAUCGUAAGCGGCUGACACGCACGUUACCUUGGUUCCACCCGGCUUAGGCAGUGAUUUGAAUUGGGCAUGACGCUGUCCCUCUUUAAAUUUUAACUUCUUGCUGUUGAAGUUGCAUAGUUGUUCUUUUGUUGUGAUAAGCAUAUACUGAUGGCGGCGGGCCACUUUUGUGAACUAUUCCACUGAGUUCCCCUCUUCGGAUGUGUACUCUCUCUCUGUUUCCGCCUAAGAUAUGGGUGCUUAUCAUUUGGUCGGAACAGAUUGGAAUUCCGUUCUUUAUCAUUACAAGCUGGCAAGAUCACUCCGAUAUGUUUAACUUAGAAAGAUUUGCUAUGGUAUCUCUUUCAGUUUUUUACCUCCGGAAAAAGACACUUAGCGUAACCAGUCAGUUCCGACUGAAGGUAAACGACUCAUUUUUUUCUUGAACUCAUGUUUUUGUACUAGCCGAGUUGCAAAGGUUAUCAAAUGAGAUCGCAUUUAUUUAAAGGAAGAUUGUGAUGGUAUUUGUGAUGAACAGUAAGUAGGACUCUUCUUUCGCUGGUCAUUCACAUGAAGAUAACCUUGUUUCUGAAAAAUGUUUUACUCUUCCUUUUAAGCUUCACAAAGCACCAAUCUGCUGGAUCAUGUGUGUAUAACGUACGUGAACGUGCCUUUGAAGGAGAAACGUUCUUGCAUGUGUAACUCGCAUACUUUGUGCUCUAAGGCCUGAAAAAGAAGGACUGCCCCAAACAAACAUGUCCGUGAUUUGUACUUAAAAUUAAGUUUUCAGAACACGAACAUGCGCACUGAUUUGAAUGUGUUGUGAACAUACUUAACAUACAUACAAAUUGGCGGGUUUUUAACUGAGAAGUAGGAGGAAGAGUUUUAUGGGUUUUAAAAACUCAACUUCUUAAUUUUUCGACGUGUCUCCUUGUCUUAAAUUGCAAUUGAAAGCAUGAAAAUUCUUAAUGAAUCAGUUGGUUGCAACUAUAAAACAGAGGUCAUUGUAAAGUUUAAAUAAUUAAAAAAGGAAACAAAAACAGCUUUUCGUAAGUAAUCAGUUACCUGUGAAGUUGCUGCGAUGUUUUGCACAAAUAAACACAGUUCUCUAAGAUGCA